AUGGAUCCGCAAGACAGAAAAUUAACUCUACCUGCCUUUCUCAAAGUCCUCACGAGCAACAAUGUGCCUGUACCCAAAGCAAUGGCGGUGGCCAGCAAAGUGUACAAGGAAUCCAAUACGGCUAGCCUCCUUGCGCAACUUACAGAUCUGAAGCUAAAAGUCAGUGGCGUGGAAGACAAGGAAACGCGGAAACUCGUGCUAGCUGCGGUUCGCAAAGCCGGGUACAUUGCGCAGCCCUUGCGGCCGGGUUCGGAACCGAAACCAAAAAGUGACAGAUCCAAGCGUUUUGAUGGACAGCCCGUAGUAGGUCCGUCUGAACCGAGGGUUGCGAAUGCAGUGCAGGUCGUGGUGAGUCCACUCAAGCGGAAGCGGAAGCGGGACGACGACUUACUAAACGAGCUCCUUCCAGACGGACCUCCGGACGAAGCUGCUGCGUACGGCAGCUUGGAGUUUAAUGAGGUAUUAGAUGAGACGGUUCUCAACACGAAGUUUACGGUUGUGAAUCGUGCGCCAUUGAUGACAGCCUGGGCAACUGUAGUUGCGGAGCGCUUAGGAUUUGAGCGGGAGGAAGCGCUUAGCAUUGCUUCCGUUUAUACUGAAAUGAAUGCAAUAUCAAAGGGCGUGUCCUUAGGUCUCUUUGACAAAUCACGUGAGAAAGAGAUAGAACCUAUCAAGGAUAGCACACAACCUUAUGUCGACUUACUAGGAAGAAGACCCCUGUAUCGGACACAGAACGAGACAUGGCGUGCUCUGGACAACACCUCGCCGGCUCUCCCCAGUACAGCAUUUUCGUAUAUAUCUCGUGCGUUUCGACAGACGACUCCGUACGUCAUUGGCGCCCUUCGAUUGUUGGCCGAAAGUUUCCCGCCCCCAGAGCUCAAUAACAAAGGUUUUGGAUUGUAUGCCGAAUUCAGACCUGAUGUAGAUGGGUGGGGUAAGCGUGGCGAAGUGCGUUGCGAACAAAUUCUAUCACUCCGGAAGAAGGACAGAAGCACUGUCGCUGAGACCGCUGUGAAAGGCGACGUUGUAAAGCUGGAAGCUAAUCACGAUUCGAGACCAGCUCAGGGUGCGGGUGGGAUACAAUCUGGUACGUCGGAAGGACCGGAACACAAGAAAGCACGAACGAUGACCCUGGAGGAGUACGAAGCUGCAUUGGAUCAGGAUGACACAUUUGAUGAUGUAGACCUGAACUUUGAAUUUUAA